UGCUCAAUAUUGUGGCAAUAGCUUGGAGCAAAUAUUGAGGAUGUUUUGUUUCUGGGGAUUGUGUCAAAGUGACAGCGCCGUGCUGGAGAUUUUUAACCCAAUUUUCACUCCUCGCCCGUAUUUUCUCCAAUUUAUUUUUUUUCCUUUCGUGCAGAUGUUUUCCAGUUGACGCGCAGCUUGAAGAAGAACAACACAGGCUCCAGAGCGUGGAAAGGGGAGAAGAGUGUGUGUGAGUGUUUGCACAGAUGCACGAGAAGCGAUAGCAUGAGCCAGAGUUCCCGGAAACGGGGGCACCCAAGACGUGCGUCUAACUGCCAAUGAACCCACGCAAUAGCCUGGAACUACUCCUACCGGAAACAAGUGACGACGCAACAAUGUACAUCCGUGAUUGGCGAAAGGCCCUCCGGUCGCCACCGUCAUACAAAGUUGGCAAUCGCACCCUUCGCUUCCGGACGCACUUUGCGUGGAUCCUCAUGGGUCUUGCGUGCUUGGUGCUGGUGCUUCUGUACGUGGGGCCGGUGUCCAAGUACCAAGAUAGCGGAGCCAGUGUCAAUUGGGCCGCUGCACCGAGUCUCAAUCCCACGUACAACUACACAUACCCCCUGAGUGCCCCAAUUGUAACCAAUGGCCUCCAGACGUAUCGCAUUGGCAUCAUUGCGGACCUCGAUACGGAAUCCAAGAGCAAGGGUGAGAAGAAUAUUUGGCGGAGUUACUUCAAACGUGGCUACCUCACCUACCAUCCCACAAAGGAGACUGUUGUGGUGUCCUGGGAUAAGGGGGAUGACACCGAGCUCACCAGCAGCUAUGCCCUCAAAGAUCGUGGAAUGGAAUUGUCAGAAUUGGUGACAUUCAAUGGUAAAUUGCUGUCGUUCGAUGAUCGAACGGGGCUCAUUUAUGAGAUAAUCAAUGGGCGCAUAGCUCAACCGUGGCUCCUCCUAAUGGACGGUGAUGGCCAGACAACGAAGGGCUUCAAAGCUGAAUGGGCAACUGUUAAGGAUCACGUCCUCUACAUUGGCUCCAUGGGGAAGGAAUGGACAACGCCUGAGGGGGAUUUUGUCAAUAAUAACCCAAUGUGGGUGAAGGUUGUGUCCCCAAAUGGGGAAGUUCGUCACCUAAAUUGGGUGAGCAAUUUCAAAGCAAUCCGUGCAGCAAUGGACAUCACCUGGCCCGGCUACAUGAUCCACGAAUCCGGGAUGUGGAGUCAACUCCACCGCCGAUGGUACUUCCUCCCACGUCGUUGCUCCAAGGAGGCCUACAAUGAGACGAAAGAUGAAUUUAUGGGAUGCAACGUUCUCAUUGAGUGCGAAGAGCACUUCCGGACGGUUCGUGUGGCACCCAUUGGGGACACAACGAAGCCCACGCAUGGAUUCUCCUCAUUCAAAUUCAUCCCCGGCACGGAUGAUCGUCUCAUUGUGGCCCUCAGGACGGAAGAACUCAAAGGGAAGACCUCAACAUUCAUCACAGCGUUCAGCAUUAAUGGGAAAGUUCUCCUGCCCGAAGAGCGCAUUCCCACAGAUUACAAAUUCGAAGGGAUUGAAUUUAUCUGAAUUGUUUUUUUUUCUAGAGAGAGUGAAAAAACAAUUUCUCAAUGUGACUCAUAAAAAUCGUGAAUGAAGGACGAAAAAUCAAAUUUUUUUUAGUUAAUUAAUCAGUAUUGUGAAUAAGAGAAAAGUUAAUGAGAGGAGAAUGUUGUAAAUAGAGCCGCGAGUGCGCGUAUGUUAACCAAAUUGCAAUGCGAGACGGAGGGCUUUUAAGUAAAUAAAUAAAUAAAUAAAUAAAUAAAUGUUCUUAUAAAUCAUAAAA